GCCAAAGAGCUGCAGACGCUGCACAACCUGCGCAAGCUCUUUGUUCAAGACCUCACCGCACGAGUUAAGAAGAGCGCGGAGCUCGAUUGUGAGGAGGGUCUCGGAAACGUGGCUCAGAAACAGAAGAUCUCCUUCCUGGAGAACAACUUGGAGCAGCUCACCAAGGUCCACAAGCAGCUGGUGCGAGACAACGCAGACCUUCGCUGCGAGCUGCCAAAACUGGAGAAACGUCUUCGAGCCACGGCCGAGCGAGUCAAAGCUCUGGAGAACGCCCUGAAGGAGGCCAAGGAGAACGCCAUGAGGGACCGCAAACGCUACCAGCAGGAGGUGGACCGCAUCAAAGAGGCCGUCCGAGCCAAGAACAUGGCCCGCAGGGGCUACUUCGCCCAGAUCGCGAAGCCGAUCAGACCGGGCCACCACCCACUGUCUUCCCCCACCAUCAGAGGCGGAGGCACCUCCACCCACAACAACUGAAACCCCGACAAGAAGCCCACCAGUACAUUUAUCUCAACACGUGGUCCAGAACAUUCUCUUUCAUGACACAGAAAACCGCUUACAAUUCAAUGGUAUAGGUCGACAUAUUGAUUGGUCGACUGAUUACUGAAGCCAAAAGGCAGGUGAUUAUGGUGUGUGUGUGUGUGUGUGUGUGUGGCCACCACAUCUAACUAACCCUAGAAAUGGCUACAACCCAGUCUAAUUUACAGAAAUU